CCUAAAACCCCUGAAUUUCAAUUUUGAAUUGAAUUUGGUCUGCACUCUCUCUUCUCACCGACGGCAAUGAGAAGCGCCGCAAAUUUCGAAAGUUCCCGCUUCCCCCCUCUCCCAAAAUUCCUUAGAAUCUCACUGUUGUUCCCUGAGAUGGCUCGUACUAAGCAAACAGCCAGGAAGUCGACCAGAGGCAAGAUGCCGAGGAAGCAGCUUGCCGCCAACGUUGCUCGUAAAUCAGCACCGGCCACCAAAGGAGUGAAGAAGCCUCACCGUUUCAGGCCGGGAACUGUGGCUCUGAGAGAGAUUAGGAAGUACCAGAAGAGUACUGAGCUCUUGAUCCGAAAACUUCCGUUCCAGAGCCUUGAAAUAUUCAUUUUCUCCUUUACCAUUGCUCUCCACCUUCUCAUCGUCGGUCACUCACCACUCCGCCGGGAUGGAGAAGGAAGGACGAUGUGGUCGGUACAUCACGUAGAGGACUAUGUCGACGAUGGAAGCGAGGAGGGCAAGGAUGAGGAGAAUCAGAAUGGAGCAGAAGCAACAUUGACAGCAAAGGUUGCGCUUAGAGCGGUAGUGGUGGUGGCGGUUGCAGGGAGGAGGGCGGUAGGGAGGCCGGGAGGUGGGAUUAUAGAGAUUGGACUUGGUGGGUCCACCGUUGGUGAUUGCAGUCGUGGUUCCGGCACCAUUCAUGGCGGCAGCGACGGUGUUGGUAGGUUUGGUGGAGGGGAAAACUCUGUUCGUCAUUGUAAUCGAAAAACCAAAAAAAAAGAAAAAAAGAAAGGGUUCAGAUUUGCAAGGCAGUGGCUGCUAGAAGAAUGAGAUUUGAAGACAGAAAAAUGAGGCGUAGAUUUGGCCACCUCACUAGAAUUGAUGAAUCUCUUAUACUUCUAAUUCUACUUUGUAAAAAUUUAAUGGAGGAAAAAGUAUUUUACACUUAAGAAUGUUUUAAGUUUGUAUAAUUUUAAUUAAUUAAUAAAAUAGGUUUUUUUUU